AUGUCGGUCUACAAGCGGAAACGAAAAGACGGGUCCAGCGAAGAAACCUACUCCUACGACUUCGUCAGGCAAGGUGUUCGAUAUACAGGCAGCACGGAAGAAACUUCGCUCCGCGCCGCUGAGCGGUUCGUCAAAGACCUCAAAAGGCGCAUCCGCGACGCACCCCGGCAACGGGACUUCAUGACCAUGGAAGCGGCCUGCGUUCGGUUCUGGGAGGAAGUGGGGCAAUACCAUGCCGGCGCCGAGACCACCCUGACCGAUCUCGGUCGGUUGCGCGAUCGCUUGGGCGGCUCCAAGGACAUAUCCCAAAUCGACGGUCGAGACGUGGCUAAACUGGUCGCCAAACGACGCGGUGACGGCGUAGCGCCGGGAACGGUCAACCGCGGCACGACCAAGCUACUGCGACACCUUUUGAGCCGAGCGCGCGAUGUCUGGCAGAUCGAUGUGCAGCGGAUCGAAUGGGGGCGGCACCUGCUGAAAGAGCCGCAAGAGCGCGUGCGCGAGUUAAGCGAAGCCGAGGAAGCCGCCCUUCUGGCCGAAAUCCGCGACGACCUCCGCCCGCUGAUCAGCUUUGCCAUCCUGACCGGCUGUCGGCGGCAAGAAUGUCUGGAUCUGGAAUGGCGACACAUCGACUGGCACAACCGCGCCUUUCGCGUGACAGGCAAGGGUGACAAAUCCCGCACUAUCCCCAUGACGCAGACCGUCCGCGAUCUGCUUUGGCCACUGCCCCGAGCCCACGACCGGGUGUUUACCUAUGUCGUUCAGCGGGGGAGAGAUGCAGGGCAGCGAAAGCCGGUCGAGAAAGAAGGGCUGAAAAGCCACUUUGCCCGCGCCGUCGAUCGCGCCGAAAUCAUCGACUUGCGGUUUCACGAUCUCCGCCACACGGCAGCAACGCGGCUGCUCCGCUCAUGCCGGGACAUCAAGACCGUUCAGCGGCUUCUUGGGCACGAGGACAUCAACACGACGACCAAGUAUGCCCACGUCACCGACAACGACCUUCGGAACGCCUUGGAGUCAGUCGGUCCCGCGCAAUCCCCGCGCGCUUUCGAUCAGGCGGCAAAUGUGAUAGAAGAUUCAAGAGGAUAA